AUAACUCAAUAAGUUUGAUAAGAUGGUUAAAAAUGAGUGGAAAUCAACAUUCACCCAGCCGGAGCACAGUUUAUGCCUCAAAUUUACCAUUUUCCUUAACAAAUAACGAUAUUCAUAAAAUAUUUGAAAAAUAUGGACGAAUUAUUAAGGUUACUACUAUGUGUGACAAGAUUAGCAGGAAAUCCAAAGGAGUCCACUUCAUUCACUUCUUGAAAGUACAAGACGCACAGAGUUGCGUGGACGAACUUAAUAACACACAGCUUUUUGGAAGGGUUAUCAAGGUGAGCAUAGCUAAAGACAAUGGACGUAGUACUGAAUUCAUUAAAAGGAGGGAAUAUACGGACAAAACAAGGUGCUAUCAAUGUGGCGAAUUCGGACACUUGAGUUAUAAGUGCUCACAAAACGUGCUAGGAGAUCGAGUGCCUGAACCACAAUCAAGUCGAAGGCAAAGGACUACGCAUCGUCGCAGCAAUGAAAUACAAGGACAAGAGCACCAAAGUGAAGAGGAUGAACCUCACCCUCAGUUUUGUGAUCAAACUUCCAUCGUAGUUCCCAGAAAAAGGUUCAAAAAAGACUCAUACUUCAGCGACGAAGAGGAAGUCGAAGAGAACGAAUGAGAAAAAAUACAUAUUUCGAUUUCGAAACUCA